GAACCACGAGUUGUUUUGAACGUUCAACUUUGGAAGCCAUCGAGACACGACCUAGAAGCUGUGCUGUUCUGAGAUAACUCGGUGGACUUGCUGUUAGCUAAACACGGCUAAAGAAAACCUGCUACCACUUCAGGAUCAUCCAUCAGCUGGGACUGAUUCAUCGUGUGUUCUUCACCACCUGGACCUGGACAGCAUGGACACAGAUUUUCAACAGAUGGUUCUGGUUAAAGAAGAAGCUUCAGAAGAACAGAGUACUUGUGUCAACCACCAGCACCUAGAUUUUCUCCACAAAAAGGAGGAACAGGAGAAACUCUGGUCUAGUAUGGAGGGAGAGCAUCUCCAUUUGAAUAAGGAGACUGAUGCUGCCAGGUUUCAAUCCUUUAGCCAAAAAACACAUUUAAACAAACACACGAGAGUCCAGACAAAGCAGAAACAUUUUGCCUGUGAGCACUGUGGACAAAGGUUUCACCAAAAGACUAAUUUAACCACACACAUGAGAGUCCACACAGGACAGAAGCCCUUUCCUUGUGAGCUCUGUGGAACGAGAUUUAGCCAAAAGACACAUUUAAACAGUCACAUGAGAGUCCACACAGGACUGAAGCCCUUUCCUUGUGAGCUCUGUGGAACGAGAUUUAGCCGAAAGGCACAUUUAAACAGUCACAUGAGUGUCCACACAGGACUGAAGCCCUUUCCUUGUGAGCUCUGUGGAACGAGAUUUAGCCGAAAGGCACAUUUAAACAGUCACAUGAGAGUCCACACUGGACAGAAGCCUUUUGCCUGUGAGCUCUGUGGUAAUAGAUUUAGUGAAAAGGGAAAUUUAAACACACACAUGAGAGUCCACACUGGACAGAAGCCUUUUGCCUGUGAGUUCUGUGGUAAUAGAUUUAUUGAAAAGGGAAAUUUAAACAAACACAUGAGAGUCCACACUGGACAGAAGCCUUUUGCUUGUGAGCUCUGUGGACUAAGAUUUAGCCGAAAGUCAACUUUAAACAGUCACAUGAGAGUCCACAAUGGAGAGAAGCCUUUCGCCUGUGAGUUCUGUGGUAAUAGAUUUAGUGAAAAGGGAAGUUUAAACAAACACAUGAGAGUCCACACUGGACAGAAGCCUUUUGCUUGUGAGCUCUGUGGACAAAGAUAUAGCCAAAAGUCACAUUUAAACAGACACAUGAGAGUCCACACUGGACAGAAGCCUUUUGCUUGUGAGCUCUGUGGACAAAGAUUUAGCCAAAAGUCACAUUUAAACAAACACAUGAGAGUCCACACUGGCUUUUCGCCUGUGAGUUCGGUGGAAAAGAUUUACCCAAAAGAUCAGUUUAAACAGUCACAAGAGUCCAUAAAGGACAGAAGCCUUUUGCUUUUGAGCUCUGUGGACGAAGAUUUAGCUGAAAGAAAACUUUAAACAAUCAUCUAAGCAUCCACCAGGGCUGAACGAUCUAUUGAAAGCGUCUCCAACAGUUUUUGGCCCGUGAGCUACUUUUACACAAUGAAAGCACAGCAGAGUUACUGCCAUAUGGUUUAUUUACAUUGAUACUUUCCAUGUGUGAAUGUGCUUAUGUUAAAAAUGCUAUACUUACUAUAUUAACAUGCAUUGUACUCACAAGUUGAUUUUUCUGUAUUUCAGUACAUCAGUAUAUAUAUUUUAAAAGUAUAAGUAAACCAGUGACAUUCUGAAAACCAAAUUAAACAAAACAUAUUUAGUUUUUUAAACUAAUCGGAUACUUUCAGAUAAUGAAUAACAAAUCUACUUCAUGUGAAUGAUUUGGUAAUUUUUUUAGAAGUUAGUAACAUAACUUUUUAAGCGCACAGGAACAGCUAACCUGUAAAACUGAUGAUAUUUGAAAUAAAAUACAAGCUAAAUGUGAUGAAAACACAAAAGUCUAAAUGGUUUGAAUUGAAGUAAAAAAUGUAAAAUCAGAAAUAAGACUUGUUCCUGCUCUCCUGAUGUACUGAAUAAUUUUUAUGGGUUUUUUUGGUCAUGAAAGUUAAGUUUUGCUGUGUUUAUUGCUGACAAUAUGAAGGUUGGAGGUUUAUCCUUUUUUCUGCAUCUUGUAGGUUUUUUUUCUCUGCACGUCUCUAAAUAAAGUAAAAUUUUCUAGUGCAGAGUGGAGACAACCUAUAGAAGCACUGAUUUGAUCUCAUUUCAGAGAAAAAUAGAACAGGUUAGAUGCACCUAAUAAAUAAAAUUAUAACAAACUCA